AUGGCUGAAAUGAAGUUCCGCCCCGAGCCGGCCUUCCAAAAGCUGGCGGCCAUGCAGAAAGCGCGACACCACUACUUUCGAUGGACUCCCCGAACAGCCCGCAUUACCUUCAUCUACGUUGCUGUGAUCCCGUCGAUUAUGGGCUACGUUGCCUACCAGACCGACGGCCUGUGGGAUCUGCGAGCAAAGCGCAGGGGAGAUAUGACGAGGGAAAUUUAA